AUGUCCAUUUUGGAUGGCUCGGGAGCGCCAAUCAGCGCCAAAAGACUCGCCCAUUCGGCAUCGCCUAGAACGUCGUCGGUCAAAACGCCCUCGCUUGGCUGGUCAAAGUCUGCGAUGCCAUGCGCCAAGUUGCUGGCGUCGUCAAACACCGUUUCUAGCAAUGCCGCAUCGAUGGGCCACGGCCACGGGUCUGCAAGGCCCAUGCUGUCGAAACCGUGGGCUACUCCAUUGGAAACGUGGGCGCCUGCCAAGCUAGCAUCUGGGAAAUUAGGUUGGCCUAUUGGUUGGCCUGAUAUAUUGGUUUGGUCUAUUGGUGGGUUCGGUAGAUUAGCCCCCAUUGGUUGGCUCGAUUGGGCCUCCUCCGCAGUGCCUAACACGGCUGCUUCUGGCGUUCUGUCGGACUUGAAUCGUCGUGGCUUGUUGCGAUGGUUCGGCGCAGGGAACACGCACGGCGUGCGUACGCGCGUGCAGUUGCCGCACACGGGAUGCACCUCGUCGCAUUUGAUCUUUCGCCGCUUGCACUCGGCACAGCCAGCUCGAGAGUAUUUGCGUUUAACGAGCGGCAUGGUAGGGCUCUGUCCAACUCACUAG